AUGUAACAAGGAUUCUUGUAAUAACAAAAUGGAUAUUAUGAUGAUGUUCCAUAAGGUAAAGGUGAAUCAUAGGAAUAAAAAACUACUCUAUUAGAAUGGUUGGCCAUUGUUGGAUUGAUAAUGUUAACAUAUAUGGUCAUUAUAUUCAUUUGGAUUGUGUGUAAUGUGAUUAUUAAUCCUUAGGUAUGGCUGGUAUACAUAAUAAUUUUGAAGCCACAGUUAUAUGUUUUAUGGUUAUCUUUUUUUGUAUUUACAUCCCAGGAAUAGGAUAUUUCUGGUAUUAGGGUUUACAAGUGAGAUAACAAUUAAUAUAAGACUUUAUUACCAAAAAAUUAUAAGAAAAUCAAUUGGAAAUAGGAGGAAGAGUUUGAUU